AGGUAACAAGAUUCGUCUAUGGAAUAAGGGUGUUGAUUCCGAAAGCUUCCAUCCCAAAUAUCGCUCUCAAGAAAUGCGAAUAAGACUAAGCAAUGGAGAGCCCAAGAGACCAGUGAUAGUCCAUGUUGGACGACUAGGAGUUGAGAAGAGUUUGGAUUUACUCAAAAGGGAGGAUCUCGAAAAGCUGUUCUCCGGUAUGCCUGCCGUAUUCACAGGGAUGUUAGGAGGUGAAGGGCUCUCUCAAGCAUACGCCAGCGGAGAUGUUUUCGUCAUGCCGUCAGAAUCAGAGACGCUCGGACACAUAAUGUCAUUUUCAAAAAACAGGCAAAAAGGGAAUACGUUAUUCAAAACUUGCGAAUUUAUCACCUAUAGUCGGCCUCUACUCAAGCUUAAUCUUGCGGUCGGUCCAGUCUCAAUAGCAACAUCUUUCCGCCGAAUGAAUACAUAAUUGAGGGCAGUUCAAGCUAUCAGUUUUACCCACGGUGUUUUGUAGCGUAAGCUUCUCAUGAAUUAUAG